GGGCGAGGCACUUGGCCGGAAGUCAGAGUCCCAGUCCCUGAGUGUGUGCGGGCGUGCUUCCCGGGCCAGGGUGUGCUCAGAGCGACCGCUGGCAACACCACAAUCCGGUCACCGUCCUGGUGUCUAUGGAGGAGGCAGGAGAGCCCCAGCCGCCCCCCGAGGCCCCCACCACGGAGCCCCCUCCGCCACAGGCCUGCCGCUUCUUCCUGGAGGGCCGCUGCCGCUUCGGCGCCCGCUGUCGCCAGCCCCACCCCGGGGCCACGGCCCCUGCGCGGCCUAGCUGCGAGGCGGAGGCGGGGGCCGGGAUCAAAAAGCCGCCGCUGCGCACUGCCUCGGACGUCAUCCAGCGCAUCCGUUGGGACCCGCGCCUAGACCCUGCUGACUUCUCGGUGGGCUACGCCGACCGCUUCCUGGGCGUGCUGGAGGAGCCCUUCAACUCCUUCUGCUGGGACGAGCCGCUGGCAGCACUCAGUCCCGGAUCGCUGGCCGUGCCGCAGCACCGCGUGCGUUAUUUCCGCUUCCGUGGCCGCAUCGUGUGGGACCGCGCCUCGCGUACCGAUCAUGUCUUUGGCUCCGGCUCCGCGGAGGGCCGUGGGCCCACCAUCCUGGAUGCACUGGACAGCUGGGACAGCUGCGACCCGGACGUGCUUGGGGAUGGAGAGGCACACGAGGCCGGAGAUGUGCUCGGUGAUGAGGACGCGUACGAGGCCGGAAAUGUACGCAGCAGCAGGGACUCACUCAGGGAUGGAGAUGCGCAGGAGGACGCACACAGGACCGGGAAAAGGCAUGAGGUCGACGUGUCUGGGGCCAGGGAGGCACAGGACUGUGUAGCGGCCCCCUAUGCUGGCGCCGCCCCAGCAGAAGGAUGCAGAGAGACAGCCAGGGUGGGCCCCAUUGAGGGGGACCUGGUGCUGGCAGGGGUGUCUAUGGAUGCUCAGAAGCUGGUUGGAGCCAGAAGCCAGACUUCCCCAAGGAUGGAGCCCAAAAAGGUGCAGAAGCCGACUGCCAAAGACAGGACCGGAGAGAAACAGCCCCCCACAGGAGACCUCCCUCAGACGCAGGAGAGGCGUCAAGUGGAGUGGGGCCCUGGGAACUGGCCCAAAGACAGCAGGGAGGCCACAGUGGCCAGGGCCCUGGCCCCUCGGCAGCCUCGCCCCACACACUUUGUGGCCCUCAUGGUGACAGACCCUGGGUUGCAGGCAGGGGUGGCUGAGGCCCAGGAAGAACUGGUCCGAAGGAUGCCGUCCUGCGCAGCUUUCAUGGUGCCCCCUCAGGCCCUGCACCUGACGCUGGCUCUGCUGAGGCUGGCAGGCCCGGGGGACACUGUGGCCGCUCUCAGAGCACUCAGGCGUGCGCUCUCAGCCCCAGGACUCCAGGCACCCCCGCAGCUGAGGUUCAGGCAGCUGGUGCUCCUAGGCCCCCUCGUGCUCUGUGCUCUGCCCUCCCCCUCCCUAGAAAACAUGGCCCAAGUGCUGAACCAGAGGCUGGAGGCCGAGGGGCUCAGAGUGCUACAGCCUCCCGGGGGCCUGCACCCCCACCUCACGCUGGCCAAGGUACCCCGGGGCUCCCAGGACCACCUCCCCACACCUGGGUUCAGCCCAGAGCAGGAGCUGGGGAGCCAGCUCCUGAGCCAGCUCUGGCUGUGCUGCAUGGGGAGGGCAGGGGGCACCUACCAGCCCCUGGCUGAGGUGCCCCUGCGGUGACCGUCCCAGACCUCUCAGGCUGACAAGUAGACCUCAGCCCUGAACACCGGAGGAGAUCCAGUCCCAGCAGGAGAGACAAAGCACACUCUCUCUCUCUUUCUUUAAUUUUGGUUUUGCUCAAGCUUCCAAAUGUGCUCAGUGCUCCAAGGAAAGAAUGAAGGAGAGAAAGGGGAGGGGAGAGGAAAGGGAAGGGAGGCAGAGGAGGAACAUCUGGAAGAAAAGCAGCCUGACAGUCCAGCUGUUUGCAACUCACUGCACGUCCUCCAGUUACAUGGCAGAAGAGGGAGGGGAGGGC